UUUAAGUCUGAACUCUCGUCUGGGAGGAGACUGGAGGGCAGUGGAGGGUGCCAGCCUACCUGGGAGAACCUGCGUGAGGUGUGGCCGCGCUGGGAAGCGAGGUGGGCGGAGGGCGGGCUGAAACUGGGAGCAAGCAGGAAGUGAGUCGUGGGCCGCCCGGGAGGAAACAGACUGGGCGAGUUCGGCUGCUGACAGGUCCCGGCCGCUCGGAGGGAGACAUGGAGGAGGCCAGUGGAGGUGGAGGAAAUGACCGUGUGCGAAACCUGCAGAGCGAGGUGGAAGGAGUCAAGAAUAUUAUGACCCAGAAUGUGGAGCGGAUCCUGGCCAGAGGAGAAAACCUGGAUCAUCUCCGCAACAAGACAGAGGAUCUGGAGGCCACAUCUGAGCACUUCAAGACCACGUCGCAGAAGGUGGCUCGGAAAUUCUGGUGGAAGAAUGUGAAGAUGAUUGUCCUCAUCUGUGUGAUCGUUUUUAUCGUCGUCCUCUUCAUUGUGCUCUUUGCCACUGGUACCAUCCACUAAGUAACUUAGGGAGCCCCUCCCACUGUGCCAUUCUCUUGGGGGCAAUGCUCCAGCUCCAUGUGGGGGCCAAGAGGGGCCCCCUGUCCUGUCCUUCUCCAUGGGAAUGCUGCUUGACCCUCCUGCCUCACACUCUGAGACCCCCCUGCCACACUGCCUGCCCCAGAGAGCACUUUGAUCCCCCAGAAGGAGAGAGCCGGACUGUGGCAAUGCUUCAUGGGUCUUCGGAGUUGGUUGGAGAGACCCAGAGGGCCCAGCAUGUGACUGGGAAACUAUUGAUGGCUGGUGGGCAA